AUGGCGGGAUCUGACAGCUCGGAGGAAGACGAGCCCAUGGCGGUGCCUCAAGAGGUCCCUGCGCCUCCUAAAGCGUGGAUGGACGAAGACGCCGAUGAAGAGGAAGAAGAUGCCGACCUGAGUCAAUUACAACGUCAGCGCACGCCUAAGUUUAAGCGCUGUCUGGCAGCUGUUGGAAACGACCAGUGGAAUACUGAUGCCUGGAUUGCACUAAUGAAUGAGGUGCAACUUUUGCCUAUUGUAGAGGCGCGCGAGCACUAUGAGGCUUUUUUAAUGCAGUUUCCUACCUCGGGAAGAUGGUGGAAAUUCUACGCUGAACACGAGCUGCGAGAGAAACAUUAUGAACGUGUACAGGAGAUUAUCAAGAAAUCUCUAAUGCAGCUGCGUUGUCCGAACGUGGAUCUAUGGCGCUUUUAUUUAGACUUCACCAAAGUCGUGAAGCUGGACGUGGCCGUAGACUCGAAAGACUCAAUAGCAAUCAAUACGGCCCGACAGCUUAUGGUGGACGCUUUUGAGCUGGCUAUCGAACGAGUGGGAGGUGCGAUUGAUGCGGCUCCCAUCUGGCAGAUGUACUUAAACUUUGUACAGGAAGAACAAGACCCACAAACCUUUCUAAAUGUAAGAAAGCUCUAUCAUCGCAUGAUUGUGCAGCCGCUUUAUAGUAUGGAAAAUUUUUGGAGAGACUAUGAAAAGUUUGAAAGGGCUAUUCCAAACAAUGAGGCCUUAGCACAGAAUUUUUUUAAAGUUUUUAGACCAAAGUUUGAUGCAGCACGAGCAGUGCUAAGAGAUCGCAAAAAAUUGUUCGAUCAGGUCAAUACAAACAUGCUGGCGGUGCCUUCGACGCGUUCAAGACUUGACACGACGGAUAUGACCAGAUGGCAGAGCAUUCUUGCAUUCGAAAUGAGUAACCCGGAACGGCUGGAUGCUUUGCGUCUCAAGGCUCGUAUGCGCUACACGCUUGAAAUUUUUGUUGGCGUUAAGCGACAUUACCCAGAAGCAUGGUACCAGUAUGCUUGGUACGAGAACCAAGCAAGCGAUUUUGAGGCUGCAACCAGUGUCUUUGAACGCGCAAUCGAAGCUAUUCCUGACUCGAGCUAUUUGCACUUUGCUUAUGCUGACCAUCACGAACUUUGCGGAGACAUACCAGCUGCAAAGUGUAUUUAUGAAAAAUUAAUAAAGGAACAUGUGUCAGCACUUGCUUACGUCACCUACCAACGAUUUGCUCGCCGUGCGUAUGGCGCGAAAGGACUGGCUGAGGCUCGCGCAAUUUUCAAGAGAGCACGCAAAGAUGACCGGGACGGUGCUUGCACAUACCACGUAUUCGCUGCUUCAGCGCUACUGGAAUUUUACAGCGACAACUCUGAAGGUGGAAAGGACAUUGCUCUUAAAAUAUUUGAGUUGGGUCUUAAAAAGUGUAUUCAAGAACCUGCAUACGUUCUGUGCUAUCUUGACUUUCUUGGCCAUUUAAACGAUGACAAAAAUAUGCGUUCCUUGUUUGAGAAGGUGCUAUCAGUCAUGCCUUCGGAGGUAUCGCGUCCAAUUUGGGAUCGAUAUGUUGAAUUCGAACACACGAUGGUUGCUAGCGGUGGGGAUCUUGCCACUGUGGCAAAAGUGGAAGCUCGACGGGCAAUGACGUUCCCAGAUAAACCAUUUGUAGAAAUGAAAGGAUUGCUCAGCAUUGUUCACCGAUAUUCAUUUUUGGAUAUGCGCCCACCGACUAAUUGUGAUCAGAGUUUUCUCGACAUGUAUCGCAUCUCUUCUCGUAGCGAAUCUUUAGGAAUCUUUGAUGAUAAUGAUGGCGAGGAUGGAGAAGGAAUGAGCAGCGCAGGCCCUGAAGGUGGCUUUACUUUUAGCUCGGGAAGCAGGCAAAUUCCUGGCCCUCCGCUGCCUGAUUUUCUAAAAGACUUUGCAGCGAUGUUACCUUUGAGCUUGCCUUGGAAUGGACCGAUAGCCGAUGUGGAGCACAUUUAUCGUGCCAUGCUGCUCGUCGAUUUUCCUCCACGUUCGCACGUCGAGCAGAUGGCCCAACAACAACAGCAGCAGAUGCAGCAACAGCUAGCGCUACAGCAUCAACAACAGCUUCAGCAACAAGCCGCUGAGGCGGAAAGGAACAACAAUCUCGUCGACGAUGACGGCGCCUCUGGAGUUGUAAGCAAGAGACCGACUCACGACAUCUUUCGUUCACGUCAGAAGCAGAAAUUGUCGAAGCUUGGAUAA